AUGAGUGGGCUUCUCAAGAGGAAGUUUGAGGAGGUGGAUGAGGACCCAUGCUACUCCUCACCGUCACCCUCUUCCCUUUCCUCUGCCUGCUCAGGCUGGGACUCGGAGGCGGAGAGCUGCUUCUCAGACACCCUGGAUUCCACCCCCAGCAACCCCAGCUCCCCGGCAACAAAUUUCAACACAACGUCCAUCCUUAAGAAAUCCAAACGAGCGCGGCGGGGCAAUGUGACGUUUGACCAGGUGACGGUGUUCUUCUUCCCUCGGUGCCAGGGCUUCACCAGCGUUCCCAGCCGAGGAGGAUGCACUCUGGGCAUGAUGCAACGCCACAGUGCACUCCGCACAUAUUCGCUCGCAGAGUUUGCCGUGGAGCAGCGGCUCCUGCGUCGGGAAAAACUCCUCAACAGACUCAGGGAAGAGAAACUGGAAGCUCUCAAACUGAAGCUGACAAAAAAUGGAACCCAGGAGAGCGAGGAGGCCGAAAAACUUACAGUGGAUGACAUCCCAGAGCAGGAUAUUGACAUCAGUGGAGCCAACCUCGACGAGGGCUCUUUUCUCCAGCCUUACACGUCCAAGCGCCGCUAUGCGCUACUCAAAGCGGCUGGUGUGAAGAAGAUCGACAAGGAGGAAAAGAGGCAGCUGCACGAGCUGAGGCUCUCCAGGGAGAACUGUGGUUGCGACUGUCAGGGGUUCUGUGAACCUGAGACUUGCAGCUGCAGCCUGGCUGGCAUCAAAUGUCAGAUGGACCACUCCUCUUUUCCAUGCGGAUGUACCAAGGAUGGAUGCGGAAACAUGGAGGGCCGCAUUGAGUUCAACUCCACCAGGGUACAGACGCAUUACAUCCACACUAUAAUGAAGCUGGAGCUGGAGAAGAGGCUGGAGGAGCAGUCCAGCACAGAAGAGGAUGAGGAGAACACAACCGGUGCCACCCCCUUACCAGCAGUGCCCUCCUUCCCCUUCAGCUCAGAGAUGACAGCAGCUGGGGAGAACAGCUGCAGCAGCGAUAUGACAGACUUGUCGGACUCUCAGAGUGAGGACUCGGAGGCAGGCGAAGGUCCGUGUGAGCCCAGCGCCCAGCUGGAUGUUGAUGAGAAAGGCCUGAGCCGCAUACUGUGUUUCAGCGACACAGAAAACUGUUCGAGAAGUAGCAAGGACAGCGGCGAUAAGAGCGGCAAAGACACUUGUUGUCCAGAGCAGCAGCAAGAGCAACAGCAGCCAUCUACGGAGGCGUUUAGUAGCUUUAGUAUGGUGGACUUUGCAGAUGAGAAUGACAAUAUAGACGCUGCACUGUUGGACUCUUCGGACGAUCAAACAGACAAUCGAGCAACAGCCAUUUCAGAACUUUUGGAUGAGAAUGCCAACCAGGGAAACGCCCUCUUCCAUAGCAGUAGUGUUCCACACACGCCCUCUCCCACAGUCGAUCGCUCAGCUAGCUACGACAUGGAGCUGAGCCUCUCGUCUGAGUCAGACCUGGAGUUUUUCGAUGGCUUCCCCUGUUUGGGGCCCACCUCCCUCUACAACUCCCUCAAGGAGUACGAGCACAUGGACAACUUUUUUCAGUUUCAGUUGCCUAGUUAUCCCAGUUUCCCUGCAGCCAGUGACCCAGGGACCUGCCUCCUGGAGUCGCUGAUUGGCCUUUCAGAGUCCGUCCCAGAACCCCCCGCCACUUUUACAGACAAUCAGCUGUUGGAGGAAGCCAUGAAAUUGUCUGUGAUGGAGUCUGUGAAAGUUUGA